UUCCAAACAUUAUUUCGGCCUGGUCCAAAUAUUCAGGUGAAAUACUUUCGACACUCUGACAUGUUCAGGUGAGUUUGGCCCACCUUCGCCAUCAGCAGGAGCAGCCACACCGAAGACCACGUCAACAACUCGUUGGGCCAGGUGACAGAUGCCAAGAAAAAGGGAAAGUUGCCGCCACUCAGUUUCAGCGUGUUUCGGUGUGCAUGAAACUAAAAUUGUAUGGAAAGCAAUUUCACGCGCCUCUGGCUGUACAUUUGAAACGAAACAUAAUGGAAUUCCUUGGUUGCGAGGGGCGGCAAGCGAGCGAAUCAAAUCGAAACUAACGCCAAACUAGCAGCCAAACAAGUGUUUGGCAAAGGCAUUCCGUCGCCAAGAAGCGACGACAGCCGAGGAUGUGACUCGACUCGAAGCGAAUCGCAUCGAAUCGCAUCGCAUCGACUCCAAAUCAAAGCAGCAGGCGACGGAGUUUGAUCGAUAAAAGUCAAGCGACGGAGUUAGGAGCGCCAAAAGUUGGGGCUAAUCAGUAUCAGAACGGUGUACAUAGUUAGUUGGUAGUCAGUGGCCGAGUGGUAAACGAGUAGUGAAAACGGACGAGGGUUAUCGGCAUGGAGGAGCUGCAGGAUGCUAGUAUCCACCACAUGACCGCCAAGGUAAUCGCGGCCAUCAAGAACACAAAGAGCUAUGAGCCCAUCUACAAGGAGCUGCAGAAGCUGGUCUGCAAUCCCGGCGUGGACACCCACGAUAUGCGCAACACCCUCGAGGAUGCCAUCAAGAGCGCCGGACUGGAGACGGAGAUCCGGAACAUUGUCUUCAACUUGGUCCGGACGCGGCUGUCCAGGACAGAUGACAAAAACCUGGCCAACAAACAGGGCGCGAAACCCACCGUUAGUGAUCCACUUGGUUACUUAAAACGAGCUGGUGUGCUUUGGGAUCGCAGGGUUAGGAAGAGUUUGAAUGCCAUGUGCACAGAGCUGAAGGUUCCACUGCAUGGACAACCGAGGAUCAGUGCGGAUCGCGAGGACUUUAUGGCCAAGUGGAACGAGCUGAGCAACUACAAUAUGGAUCUGGCCAACUAUAGGCCUGUUUACGCUCCAAAGGAUCUACUGGAGGUGCUACUCUCGCUGAAAGGACCCGCCAAAACCACGGAAAAUACAGACCAAAUCCCACAAUGGGAGUUCUCUCACAUUGCACUUCCUGUGAAAAACCUGUUCGAGCUGCGUGCCCAUUAUGCGGACCUGCUCCGCAGCGACAGCUACCUGGGAGUGCCGGAUCUAACGAUUCAGUGCCAGAGGAUUCUGGAGGGCAGGCAUGCGCCCAUGUGCCAGCAGUUCCUGAAGAAGGGCUGCACCCCCGCACCCUAUAGGGGCGCUCUAUGGGCGUCUGUACUGGACAGCAAGCUGCAUGACUAUGAUAUUGAGUACUGGCAAAAACUGCGCAACGCCGUCUGGACCACGGAUCAUAUCGUGGACAAGCUGGUGUUCAAGGACAUUCAAUUGACGGCCUCCAACGACGACCAGUACUUCGUGUUCGAGGACGUGCUCUACCAGGUGCUGCUCUGCUUCUCCCGGGACACGGAUAUCGGUGGGUGCGUGGAGUACGAGGCGUUUCCGGUGAAGGGCAAGACCUACGAGGGUCCUCCAUCGGGCGUGGUGCCCUUCCACGGCAUCUGCAUGUUUGCCGCCCCCUUCUGCUAUCUGUAUGACUCGCCGGUGAAUCUGUACUAUACAUUCCGGGCCUUCUACAUCCGCUACUGCCAUCGCCUGACCACCAUCAACACUCAUCCCCAGGGGAUUGUGAGUCUGUGCCUGCUCUUCGAGAAGCUGCUGCAGACCUACGAGCCGCAGCUAUGGUCCCAUUUCCGGGAGCUCCAAAUACAGCCCCUGCGGGUCGUCUUCAAAUGGCUCAUGCGAGCGUUUUCCGGACAUUUGCCACCCGAUCAAUUGCUGGUCCUCUGGGAUCUGAUCCUCGGCUUUGACAGCUUGGAGAUCCUUCCUCUGUUCGCCAUCAUCAUUCUCAGCUUCAGAAAGGAGAGCAUCAUGCAGGUGGCCUCGUUGGACAGCAUCGAAGCGAUUCUGGCGGACUUGUCCUCCAUCAAGGUGCUGCCCCUAGUGCAACUAGCCCUAAGUCGGGACUGAAGUGUGCUUUUCAGUUACAAAUUUGAAGUAUUAUCGGUGUUUUGAAAUAUAAUAUGUGUGCAACUGGCUAAACUAUAA